AUGAAGGAAAACGACGUCAUCGCCAUCAUCAUCAUCCUCCUGUUCAUCGUCCUAGCCCUCAUCGCCUUCGGCAUCUACAGAUUAGUCCAGAUGGCCCGGGUACAAGGCACCGUCUCGGAAGAGAGUAUUUUUGCCCAGAGGACAGAACAUCUGAACCUCGCAGCCAAAACCCUUUCAGGCCGUAGGCGAAAGCAAGUUCUUGGAAGCAACCAGCAGCUAUAUGCAGGCAGACCGUGGCCAGUCGAGCUUGGCCAGCACCACAUUGUUAUUGUCAUUUACACGCAUAUAUAUUACGGCAUUUACGAUCUAAAUGUACAUAAAAGGAGAAACGGGGUAUUCGGGAUCACGGGCGCGGUAUACGCAUCUUAUUGGGGCUCAGGGAUGCAAGUGUUUGAUAUGUCGGGCAACGUAUAUUGUGUUGGGUUUUGUCUUGCCGGAUGA